GCGUGAGUGCGCGCUCACGCGAGCAGCUGUCAUCGGGUCGAACGCGCGUGCCCGCCGCCCGCGAGACUCCCCCCGUUUGAAGAUUACACUGCUGCAGCUCCUGGCCAUCUUGUAUGAGACAGACAGGAUGAGGCGCUGAGAAAACACGAGUGUUCAGCUAAGCUCAGAUAGGAUAGGAGGAUCCCUGUUUCUCUCUUUUCUUUUCUUUUUUUUUUUUUUUUAAAUUCUCGUGUGACAGGCGGACUGCAAACAGAGAAGAGAGGCUGGAGGGGGGGGAGAAAGAGAGAGACAGAGAGAGAGAGAGAAAAAACCCCAAACAAACACAAUCACGUCUCCUGCCGCUGUGUGUGAGUGAGCUGAAAAACACAUCAGUUGUGGAUUAUUCCGAGGACAUCGCGCUGGAACCAUGAGCUGGGGGUCAGAGCUAUGGGAUCAGUUUGACAACUUGGAGAAGCAUACACAGUGGGGGAUCGAGUAUCUGGAGAAGUACACCAAAUUUGUCAAGGAGAGGUCAGAGAUUGAAACCAACUAUGCAAAACAAAUUAGGAAUCUAUCAAAGAAGUAUCAACCCAAGAAGAACUCGCGGGAGGAGGAGGAGAGCAAGUACACCUUCUGUCGAGCCUUCCUGACGACACUUAAUGAGUUAAAUGACUAUGCGGGUCAACAUGAGGUCAUAGCAGAGAACCUGACAUCUCAGAUCAUCGCCGAGCUUUCACGCUACCUGCAGGAUCUCAAGUCGGAAAGAAAAUCGCACUUCCAUGAUGGACGUAAGGCACAGCAGCACAUCGAGAGCUCGUGGAAACAGCUGGAAUCGUGUAAAAGAAAGUUUGAGAGGGACUGUAAAGAGGCAGACAGAGCGCAGCAAUACUUUGAAAAGAUGGAUGCUGACAUUAACGUGACUAAGGCUGACGUGGAAAAGCGAAGUUCCCACAAGGCACGACAGCAAGCUCAGAUGAGGCACCAGAUGGCUGCUGAUAGUAAGAGCGAUUACUCCUCCUACCUGCAGAAGUUCAACCAGGAGCAGAACGAACAUUACUUUACAAUUAUCCCCAACAUAUUCCAGAAACUUCAAGACAUGGAGGAGAAAAGAAUCGAGAGGCUAGGCGUGUGCAUGAAGACGUUUGCAGACGUGGACCGCCAAGUGCUGCCCAUCGUGGGGAAAUGUUUAGAUGGCAUGACGAAAGCCGCUGAGUCCAUCGAGCCCAAGACUGACUCGCAGCAGGUUGUGGAGUCCUAUAAGUCCGGGUUCGAGCCACCGGGGGACGUUGAGUUUGAGGACUACGGCCAGGCCAUGAAGAGGACGGCAUCUGAAACCAGCCUGUCCAACACCAGAGACGGCAAAGAGAAGCCUACUACCAAGAGCAAGGGCAAACUGUGGCCUUUCAUUAAGAACAAGAACAAGCUUAUGUCCCUGUUAACGUCCCCCCACCAGCCCCCACCUGCCCCCCCAGCCUCAUCCCCGCCCUCACCCUCUGCUGUUCCCAACGACCCCCAGUCUCCCAAGCAGCACAAGGAGCCCCUCUCCCACCGCCUCAACGACUUCAUGACCUCCAAACCCAAAAUGCACUGCCUCCGGAGCCUGAGGCGAGGGCAGCAGUCCCCGCGCUCGCUCAGUUGUCACAAAGAGCUUAUGAAGAGGACUCUGGGUCGACCCACAUAUGCUUUCGAAGCAAGGCAAUAUGUUCUUUCUCUCAAGCUGAUCACACUCAAUUCCCACGUCCGGAAUCUCAUUGAGGGCUCCGGACCAGAAGACUUCAGCCACCUGCCGCCGGAACAGAGGAGGAAGAAGCUGCAGGGCAAGCUGGACGAGCUCAAUAAGGACAUUCAAAAAGAAAUGGACCAGAGGGACGCUCUAACUAAGAUGAAAGACGUGUACGUGAAGAACCCUCAGAUGGGCGACCCGACCAGCGUCGACCCGCGGCUAUCAGAAAUAGGCCAGAACAUCGAGAAGCUCCAGUUUGAAGUUCAGAAAUUCGAGGGCUGGUUAGCGGAGGUGGAGGAGAGGAUGCCAUCCAAGAGCGAUACACACCGAAGAAGUGGACUCUAUGAGACCCAGAACAGCAUGACAGUGGGCAACAACUGUGCGCAGGACAGAGAGAGGCCCUUGAGCAGCCCGGACGGCAGCUACACAGAGGAGCAGAAUUCAGAGACUCAGGUCAAAGCCAACAUCAACCCCGCCCCCGCCCCCGCCCACAACCCCACCUCCACCACGCCGGAGUUCGACGACGAGUUCGACGACGAGGAGGUCCUGCCCACCAUCGGCACCUGCAAAGCCUUGUACCCAUUUGAAGGUCAUAAUGAGGGCACCAUCGCCGUGGCAGAGGGCGAGCUGCUGUACGUCAUAGAGGAGGACAAAGGAGACGGCUGGACGCGAGUUCGCAGGAACGAGGACGAGGAGGGAUACGUCCCCACGUCCUACGUCGAGGUCUUUUUGGAAACAAAUGCCAAAGAUUCCUAAAAGUGCGAGGCUGGCUGAGGAAUGGCAGGGCAAGCAGCCUCGGGAUGAAAACCACCACCGCGCUCGCUGAGUCAGAGAGAGAAAGUGAAAGACGACCUGAAUCUAAAAAGAAAGCCGGCCGAUUAUCUCAAUUUUUCCAAAAACCAUUACAAGAAAAAGAUAAAAAAACAACUACGUACAAAGCGGUGUUGCGCUUCCUCUGCAGACGGUUUGAAGCAGCGAUAAGAGAAAUCCAUCUAAAUUUUAGCGCUCAUAACCUUUUUUCCAUUCUUAACACCCAUACUGCCGUCACAACCACAGUAAACAAUUUGCUUCUCUGUUGUUUUUUAGCUUUGCUUGUCUUAAUGUGACUAACUCCGCUUGCAGCGCGCGCGGUCAUGAACGUGGCUGUUGGCUUCCUCGCUCUGAACGCCCCGCCCCCUUUCCCUUUCUUUGCCCCCAUCUUGCACACACACACACACACAAACGACAGAGGGUGUGGUCAGAAACAGGACGGAGACCAGCCCGGAGCCUACGGACAAAAAGGCCGCCGACAUCCAGCUAUAAAAGAGAAUCAUCCAGAGCUCAUCCGCCGCCGACACGCGGGGCUUUAAAAACCUCUCGCUCACCCCUCUUACUAAAGCUCCAUGUUUUCAUCCAACUGCAGGUGGAGGAAGUGAAGGUGCUAAUCAUUUUUCUGUAUGUCAGGUGCUUCUGGUUUCUGUUGUGUGCACUCAAAAAAAAAAAAAACCCACAAAAAACAUGCCAAAAAAGUAUUUUAAUUGUCAACAUGUAUAUUUAGCAUUUUAUUUUAUACACACGUUGAAUGUAAAGUUUCACAUUUAAUGCAGAAGUUUUCCAUCAUGUUGAGUCGGUGUGAUUAAAUCGCAGACUUACACAUAAACGUUGUGUUUUAUUCAAUUAUUACGUACAAAAGUAAGAAUAUAAUUUGUAAGAACUCUUGUUUAAAAUCCUUUGUCAUAUAUUUUGUUGAGUUGUUCUCUCGUCACCUCGUCCUUGAACUUUUGCGCUGUGGGAAAGAGAACUGAAAAUCUUUCCCUCUCACAAGGAAAACUGCUGGUAUUAAAAUAAUAUUGAGGUAAAAGUAUAAAGUAUUAUAUAAAGAGUGACGCAUCUCACAUAAGUUAUUCUGUCAAUUCAAUUAUUCGACUCAACUUUGCAUUUAAAGUGACUCUUUACAUUUAACUGCGGUAAUAGAAUGGAAAAUUCACAUGUGAUUAAAAUACUUAGCGUCUGUGUUUUGAGUGUGUAUGUAAGUGUGUGUGUGUGUGUGUGAUCUGAAUGCUCGUACGUGUGCGUCUUAUUUUGAAGGUGUGUUGUGAUGUCACUGCCCCCCCCCACACACAUCCAGGACCAGCUCGGAGAGGAGAAGAGCUGGAUGAUGGGUGCUCGUUGCUCCAUCUGUCAUCCUACAACUUCUUGUGGUGUCACUGGUUGUCUGUUCCUCUCUCUGACCACACCCCCCUCCACCUGUCCCGACCCCGCCAGCCACCACCACCCUCACCUCCACCCCACGGCUCCUCCCUCCUCAGGCGGCUCAGGCUCUCCCUCGGCUGCUUCGAGCACUCCCCCCACCCUCCCCCACCUCCCUCGCGCUCUAUUGUUUUUUUGUUUUUUGCUCGGGGCGGGGGGCCUCUCAGCGUUGUGGUGUUGCUGCAUGCUUGCCCUGUCUUCCUCCUCGCCUCGUCCCCCCCGAUGCCGCCUCCUUUGGGUGGCGGCGGCGGAGGUGGUGGUGGUGGUGAUGGGUGGGGUGAGGGUGUUCGGUCAGCUUACGCCCCCUCCUUCCUCCUCUCUCCUCUUUGCCUCCAGCCUCUCUGUUCAGUUAACCCUCAUCGCCUGGUCGUACUGUUUGAAUUAACCUGAAUGCUACUGUUUGGGUUCAGUGCCUGUGGUUCUAUUUUUUAUUAUUUUUUUAUUUUAUAAUAUCUCUUUUCUUCUGUUGGUUCAGAAAGCAUGAGUUUUAACAGCGAGUGAGUGAUCUCCUCCUCCUCCUUCUCCUCCCGGUGUUCCCCAGUUUAAUCUCUAAACUGUCAGUAAAAAGGACGAUAGGGACCUGUUUUCUGAAAUGAUCUUAUGCAUAGGUAGGUCAUGGAUGUCUCGUGCUUUUGUUUUACUGUAAGGACACAGUACAGUAUGUAUGUAAAAAAAAAAUGUUUGUAUUGUAUGUUUUUGAUCAGAGUGUCUAACGCAAAAAAAGUUGUUGUUAGUUUGCAGUCGAAUCACCGGUCCGAGCAACAGUUCACCCGAGAAAAACAAAAGAAGAGUUACACCCUUUUUUUUUUUUUUUAGGAUGGUCCACUUUAACUGUUCUUCUGUAUAUGAAAAUAUACUGUGAUGCCACAUUUUCCUGUGAGUUUGUGACUGAAAUGUGACCCAGAAUCACCUGUUGUGGGCCUUAACUGGGUUUUUUUUUUUUUUUUAAAGAGACAAGGAUGACGGCGAGAGGAUUAAGUGAUUAAGAUGUGAUGAUCUUGGAAAAAAAAGGAUUUUGGGGGCAAAAUUUGAGAGUUUUUAUAAUCAAGAGACUGUCAGACCAGAGAAAUUAUGUCCACUGAUUCUCCCUUCACUCCUGCUCAACGGCACAUAACGUACAAGAGUUUAACUUUUUUGUUUUGUUUUAUAUUUGACGAUGUCGAGAUUCGUUUUCUUUCUUUCUUUCUUGUUUUUAAAGCUGGAAAUCUUUGUUGUAGCUUAUUCUGCCUGAACGGGACAUUAAAAAAAAAAUCCCUUAACUGCAAAUAUGAGUGAAGAUAUCAUUGUAUUUUUGGGGAGUAUGAAGCCAUUUUUAAAAUAUUCAUCUGACUGCACCAUGUUCUGAGUGAUGCAGCGCAGAUAUGUAAAAAAAAAAAAAAAAUGUGAUUCAUGAUUUCUGAUGAUUAUGAAUAAAAAUUGACUCGUCUUUGCCCAUUUGGACUCCUGAUGGAAGGAAUGAUCAAAUCAAAACCCUUUAAGAAAAAAAAAAAAAAAGUGAAAUCAUGUUUGCUCGUCGCCACCCGCCGCUCCGUACGUCAGGAGCUCAAACAACAAGCCACUUUUUUGUUUGUUCAACUGUUUCACAACAAGAUAAAUCCACCGCUUCGGGGGCUUUACUGCAGCCUUCCGCCUGCCAGCUCUCCGCAACCAGACCACCAAAAAGAAAAAAAACUUUUUAGUCGACGCCCCAGAAUAACCCGCCUGUACAGUGGAAAUGGCACGUUGGAAUUAGAGAGAAUAUAUAUGAAUAUAUAAAUAAAAGUUUAAAAAGGAAAAACAUCUAUUUUAACUAUUGAGAGUCUUACCAUUACUUUAUCUGCUUUGCAAAGUAAGACUUCUUUUUCCUUUGUGAGGCCUACCAAAUGGUGUGUUUUGCACUUUUUCGUUUGUGUUCCGUUUGGUAGCCUGUUGCUUGUGGUUUUGGAGCACUGAAUACUUUGUAUUGUGUUUACUGUGCCAAUUAAAUAUGCCUGGAAAGUUGA